AUGGCGCCUGGUGAUAUCGCUUCGGUCAAUGACCACCACAAAGCGCAAGAGCUCGAUGAGCUUGCCCGAGCUAGCGCUAACAAGCAGCCUCUCGACUGGGACCCUAACUAUAAGUAUAGGUGGGCGCUUCCUUGGUUCGACGAGAGGUACAAGAGUGACGACUUGAAGGACCCACCUUACGAACCAUUCGAGCACUCGGAUGUCGGCCUUCGUGCCUUGAAGCACCCAGACCCCCGAGCAUUUCUUAAGAACGCCUCCAACAUUGACGAGCUUUCCCCGCGCUUCGGCUCCGUCGUAAAGGGCCUCGACCUGGCCAAGCUGACGUUGGACGAAAAGGAUGAGCUGGCACUCUUUGUUGCCGAGCGUGGCGUCGUCAUCCUUCAGGACCAGCAGGGUUUUAUAGACCAGACACCGGAGCAACUCAAGGACUUUGGCAGACAUUACAGCGCAAGGCUGCAUCAGCAUCAGGUGUCCGGCCAGCCGCGCGAGCACUCGGAAUUCCACUUGAUCUACAAGUCGGCCAAGGUAGAGCUCAAUAACUAUGAAAAGCGCCUGAACUACAUCCCGACCGUUUGGCACUCGGAUGUAUCCUACGAAGCGCAGCCGCCCGGUCUGACCGUCCUUUUCCUCUUCGACACACCUCCAAGCGGCGGCGACACGCUCUUCGCCGACAGUGAAGAGCUUCUCCGACGCCUGUCGCCGCCACUGCGAGCUCUGCUCGAGACCCUCACAGCCGAGCACUCGGGCUAUGAGCAAUCUGAAAACGCCAAGAAGGGCGGCCAGGGCGUCGCCAAGCGCCUGCCCGUCUCGCACAGUCACCCGAUAGUGCGAACACACCCUGUCACGGGACGCCAAUCGCUCUACGUCAACAAGGGCUUCACGACCAAGAUCAACGGCUUGAAGAAGGAGGAGAGCGACGCGCUUCUCGACGUCCUCUUCCGUCUCAAUGCCGAUGCGGUAGAUGCGCAGGUCCGUGUCCGUUGGCAGAAGGGCUCCGUUGCGCUCUUCGACAACCGCAGGACUCUGCACACGCCCAUCGUGGACUUCACUGGCGAAACCGGCAGGCGCCACGGUGCUCGCAUUACACCAGCCGCAGAGAAGCCCUUCUUCAAGUCAUCCGCUUGA